GUUUACAGUAGACUGCGAAUACAACACUUUUUCAUUGGAUGCACGGGCCAGAUUCCCAGGGAAGUGUUGAGACCUGACGCGUUUUUGGACGCGAUUAAUGGCGUCUUGACCUGUCAGACCAUGUCAGACCGCCGUGGGAUCUGGGCUGUGCGGAACUUUGCCCUACAUGUCACGAUAGAUUACAACCAUCGAUGGUGACGGUGGCCCAUGCCCCAAGAAAAUGCGUCCCUGACUCAUCGCCAUCACACUUCCUGUUUGCUCAUCCUCUCCAUCUCCAUCCUCAUCCUCAUUCAUUCACACUCUGUUCAGCUCUGUCUAAAAAGCCCUCCAGCUCCCCGAGAUCCUCCACUCCGUUGCUCGCGUCACUCCUACCUUCGACCCACCUUCGCACUUCUCCUUCGCCUCAGACGAAGACGACGACCGUACUUUCGACCCCUGCGACCAUCUUCCUGGCAUGCUUACUUCACUCCAUACCUGUACCACAUCAUCUACAAUGAAUACCGAAUUGACAUUGGUCCUGAAUAUCUCUCCAUCUUUCGCAAACAUUCACAUCUAUUUAGACGUUAUAUACCAUACAAUAACCACAAUCUCAAUAACUCCUUUAUAACCCAAUAUCUCCACCUCGAAAUCUCCUUGGCCUGUCGCUGCGACAUCCGAACAACACGACCUUGGAGUUUUUUAUCUUGAAGGAGCUUUUGUACUUCAGAGACUGGUCCUCCGGACAGAUGACGAAGCCGUUCCAAAUGCACUGAUGACAUGCCAAGUCUGCAAGAAUUAGUCAUGGUGAGGUGGAUCGCAUUCAACAAAUUGAUAUCUGGGAUAUUGAGCUUCUGCAGCAGCUCGCUGAGGUAUCUGAGAGUUGAGUCAAUUCCUGGUCUCGAUGAAGACGUCUUCCUUGAGCGCAGGA